AGUUUAGCUUUUUCCUUUGCUUUGCUUCCCUUUGCCUUUCUGCUUCUCCUCUUCUAUCUCUCAUUUCAUUCUGCGAAUGUCUUAAUUAUUGUUAUUUCUUUCUGUAUAUUCUGAUCUUCAUCUAUUAGAUACAAUACUCUGGAUUUUACAAUACUCUAGAUUUUAUUAUUAACUAUUAAUUACUUAAUGAAUUUGUUUGUCUCUAUAAUUUUUAAUUAAUAAAUUUGUUAUUCCUUAUUCAAAUCGAAUCUCUGACAUAAUCAUUGCUGGACUGCCUGGAUCUUAUUUUCUCAAGUUUUUGCAUCAACACAUUUUGUGGUGAAAAUGACAAAGAAGAGCAGAAGAACAGAAAAGGGACCACCCGUUUGAAGAAAACAAAGUGGAACCAGAAUAACCAAUAUCAUAAAGAAAAAUCCAGCAUUGCUGGUCAGCAGCAUAAGGCAUGUUUUGCAUACUGGAACCAGCAUGGGAUGCUGUAGGUCCCUGUGGGAAGUAGGAGUGAUGGUAGACCAGCAACACCAGCUCAGGAAAAACUCCCGGUGAAACAACAAAGAUUACGUGACAUAUCAAGAUGGAGUAUAUUAAAGAGGAGACUGAAGACAUGACAAUCUCAGAACCAUUCAGAGUGAAACAUGAAGAAACUAAGGAACAAACAGACCUGAUGCUGCUUAAAGAGGAGAGUCCAGAUCUGAAUGAAAUGGAGGAGGAAGAUCAGUAUGAGAAACAUGAUUUCAUAAAUGAAGAUAGUCUUUGCUCACAGACUGAGAAGUCUUCCGCACAAAAAAGAGGCGAGGAGGCAGGAUCUAAAAGAUCUUUUACUUGCCAUCAGUGUGGAAACUUUUUCACUACAGCAGGAAACCUUAAAAUCCACAUGAGAGUUCAUACUGGAGAGAAGCCUUUCACAUGUGAUCAGUGUGGAAAGAGUUACACACGAAGCAAUACCUUAAAGGAUCAUAUGAUGGUUCACACUGGAGAAAGACCUUUCGAAUGUGAUCAGUGUGGAAAAAGUUACACGCGAAGCAAGACCUUAAUGAUUCACAUGAGGAUUCACACUGGAGAAAGGCCUUACACAUGCAAUCAGUGUGGAAAGUGUUUCAUACGUAAAGACAACCUUAAAUUACACAUGAAAAUUCACACAAGAGAGAACCAUUUUAUAUGCCAUCAGUGUGGAAAGAGUUUCAAAGACAUAGAACACCUUAACAAGCAUGUGAUAAUUCACUCCGAAGAGAAGCCUUUCAAAUGUCACCAAUGUGGAAAGAGGUUCAAAAUAAGUAAAAAUAUUAAGGCGCACAUGAGAAGUCACAGUGAGGAGAAGCCUUUCAAGUGCCAUCAGUGUGGAAAGGGAUUUGUAAUAAAUAAGGACCUCAUAAGACACAUGAGAAGUCACACUGAGGAGAGACCUUUCAAGUGCCAUCAAUGUGGAAAGGGUUUAAAACAUGAAGAAUCGCUUGCUUACCACAUGAAGAUUCACACUGGAGAGAAGCCUUUCAGCUGCACUCAGUGUGGAAAGUGUUUCAUACAUAGAGGACAGCUUACUGUUCACAUGAGAGUUCACUCAAGAGGGAACAAUUGGAAAUGUAAAUUUUGUGGAGAGUGUUUUACAGAAAAGAAACUCCUUCAGAUACAUAGAAGUACUCACAGCCACAAAGAAAAGCCUUUCCCCUGUCCUCAGUGUGGAAAGCGUUACACAUUUAAAGGACGCCUUAAGAAUCACAUCAGAUCUCACAAAAGGGAGAAGGCAUUCACCUUAUUUCACCAUGUGGAAAGUGGUUCAUACAUAAAGGACACCUUAAUUGUCACAUGAGACUUUAUAAAAGAGAGAAUGAUUUAAAAAUGUCAACCAUGCAAAGAGUUUUACAUACAAAAACAAAACAAACAAAAACACUUAAAAGGCAUGUAAAUAUUAACAGAGGAAAGAAACUUUUAUUUUUCAGAUUUUUCAUCUUCUUUUGUGUUCAACAGAAGAAAGAAAGAAACCCAUACUGGUUUGGAACAACAUGAGGGUGAGUAAAUAAUGACAGAAUUUUUAAAGGGUUAUUUCAC